AUGACCUUCCCCAAGUCGAGUGGAAUGCCUGAGGUGGCGGCUGCAGUGAAGGGCAGUGCAUCCCGCAAGGCAUUGAAGCAGUUGCUGACUAAAGUCACUGAGAAGCCACCCAAGAAGCAGACUAAAUCUCUCAAGCAGAGCUAUUCCACUUACUUGUACCAGGUGCUGAUCCAGGUCCACUCUUCCACCAGGAUCUCGUCCAAGGCCACAAGUGAUAUGAACUCCUUCGUUGUCAGCAUUUUCAAAUACAUCGCCUCUGAGGCUUCGCACCUCAUUCACUACAACAAGCACCACACCAUCUCGGCCAGAGAGAUCCAGAGCGCCGUCCGCCUCAUGCUGCCAGGGGAUCUGGCCAAAUACUCCAUCUCAGAAGGCACGAAUGCAGUCACCAAAUACACCAACUCUGUUUAG